GCUCCAGCCCCGCCCCCGGAGCGGCGUCCGCUCACUCGGUUCAAGGCAGCGCGACUGCGGGUGGCGCACGACCAGGGCGCAGACCUUGGGGCGCGCGGCCCAUGGAGUCGGGGCUGCUGCGGCCGGCGCCGGUGAGCGAGGUCAUCGUCCUGCAUUACAACUACACCGGCAAGCUCCGCGGUGCGCGCUACCAGCCGGGUGCGGGCCUGCGCGCCGACGCCGUGGUGUGCCUGGCGGUGUGCGCCUUCAUCGUGCUAGAGAAUCUGGCCGUGUUGUUAGUGCUCGGACGCCACCCGCGCUUCCACGCUCCCAUGUUCCUGCUCCUGGGCAGCCUCACGUUGUCGGAUCUGCUGGCAGGCGCCGCCUACGCUGCCAACAUCCUACUCUCGGGGCCGCUCACGCUGCGACUGUCGCCCGCGCUCUGGUUCGCACGGGAGGGAGGCGUCUUCGUGGCACUCACUGCGUCCGUGCUGAGCCUCCUGGCCAUCGCGCUGGAGCGCAGCCUCACCAUGGCGCGCAGGGGGCCUGCGCCCGUCUCCAGUCGGGGGCGCACGCUGGCGAUGGCAGCCGCGGCCUGGGGCGUGUCGCUGCUCCUCGGGCUCCUGCCAGCUCUGGGCUGGAAUUGCCUAGGUCGCCUGGACGCCUGCUCCACUGUCUUGCCGCUCUACGCCAAGGCCUACGUGCUAUUCUGCGUGCUCGCCUUCGUGGGCAUCCUGGCCGCGAUCUGUGCACUCUACGCGCGCAUCUACUGCCAGGUACGCGCCAACGCGCGGCGCCUGCGGGCGCGGCCGGGGACUGCCGGGACCACCUCGACCCGGGCGCGUCGCAAGCCGCGCUCGCUGGCCUUGCUGCGCACGCUCAGCGUGGUGCUCCUGGCCUUUGUGGCAUGUUGGGGCCCCCUCUUCCUGCUGCUGUUGCUCGACGUGGCGUGCCCGGCGCGCACCUGUCCUGUACUCCUGCAGGCCGAUCCCUUCCUGGGACUGGCCAUGGCCAACUCACUUCUGAACCCCAUCAUCUACACGCUCACCAACAACGACCUGCGCCACGCGCUACUGCGCCUCGUCUGCUGCGGCCGCCACUCCUGCGGCAGAGAGCCGGGUGGCUCCCAGCAGUCGGCGAGCGCUGCUGAGGCUUCCGGGGGCCUGCGCCGCUGCCUGCCCCCGGGCCUGGAUGGGAGCUUCAGCGGCUCGGAGCGCUCGUCGCCCCAGCGCGACGGGCUGGACACCAGCGGCUCCACAGGCAGCCCCGGUGCACCCACAGCCGCCCGGACUCUGGUACCAGAAUCGGCUGCAGACUGACACCCUUGGCCCACGACUGUCCUCCCAAGUUUUACAGACUUGUUCUUUUUACAUAAAGGAAUUUGUAGGAAAUGCAGCUGAAGGUGCAGUCGGAAAAGAUGCAGGGGAAAUGUAUUUAUGGAGCGACACCCCACAACGUGAACAAACAGACAAAAAAUCUGUGCCCUCGAGGAACUGACAUUCUGCUUGGGAACACAGAAAAGAACUCGGUGAUGAAAUAAUGGAGAUGAUUCCAGUGCCACAGGACAGAGAUGGCGAUGGUGGUCAGGGAAGGCCUCUUUGCAGAGGUAGUGACUUGUGAUGUGAGCUGAGACCUCUGUCCUGGGAAGACCAAAAGAAAAAGCAUUUCAGGAUGAGGGAAUGGCAUGCGCAAAGGCCCUGAGGCUGAAAUGUGCCCAUGUGUUCUAAGAAAUGCAGGGAUGCCGGUGUGCCUGGAGCAGCGAUGGUGGGGGAGAAUGGGAGGAGACAAGGAGCUGAAGGAGUAGUUCCCGAAGGACCUUGUGGGUGAUAUAGAGGACUUCGCUUUUGCUCUGAGUGAGGUGGGAGCCAUAGAAUGUUCUAAGCAGAGGAGGGACUUGCCCUAAUUCAGGUGAUCACAGGUUUCUUAUGGCCUCCAUGGGAGGUUGAAAGCCAGAGAAGGUGAAGGGGGGCUGCACUGAGCCACAGGAACAAUGUUGGAGAUUCCAGUUAAGCCCAGACCCCAUGGAUUCUAGAUAGAUUUUGGAGGCAGCAGACAGAAUUACUGAGGAAUUGAGUGUAAGAGUAGAAUAAAGUUGUCAAGGACAAUGCCAAGGGUGGGGCACCCCCAAAUUUGACUCUGGGAGACUCAGCCAAAUCCUAUCUGGUAACAACAUUUCUUUUUUAUUUUUC